GUUCAGUCGGGGCGCGUCCCGGCUCCAAGCGACAACACGACCGCGCGCGCAAGCAGCGGUUGGCGCGUGGGCAGCAUGCCGCGCGCCGGCGCACUCCUGCUGGCGUUAGCGGCCAUACUACUCGCCGCCGAGUGGACACACGCGUCUUACAUUGAUCCAGGAGACGAAGACGUGGAAGUCAACCUGGCUGACUACGGAGACGACCCAGCUGACCUGCAGAUGCUUCAGGACGUUGGAAAACGUUCGUCGCUGAUCUACGUUUUCAGACGAGCCUGCAUCCGGCGCGGGGGCAACUGCGACCAUCGCCCCGGGGACUGCUGCCACUCCUCGUCCUGCCGGUGCAACCUCUGGGGCUCCAACUGUCGCUGCCAGCGCAUGGGCCUCUUCCAAAAGUGGGGAUAAACCCCCCACACCUUAAGCUCCCCUGAAGCGUCGACCAGCUCCUUCCAGCCGACUUGGACGCCGCUCCAUCGGACGCCACAACCCAGCAUUUAACCAACGGACCCAUUCUUUUAUCAUUUCUUUCUUCUAUCGCUUAGAGAGAAAAAAAAACAGGGACCUAGUUUAGUUCGGAAAUAUUUUUGGACCUUUAUACAAAUUUUAGGAUGUUCCUUUUUCAAAAUUGAAUUAGCCGUUAUGUUUCGCACUGCGCAUUCUUUCUCUGAUUGAGCCGAGUGUCCGCUUAUGUGGUUGGGCAAUCACCCAGCCUUAUUGCCCAAUCCGUACGCCCCGACGAUAUGCUCGGCCAAUCAGACUCCGACAACUGCCUCAGGCGAUAUGUUCCCGGAAUAAACUUUAGUUCGCUUUAAUUUCUGACGACGGACAACCGCCUCGGGGCAGUUCAACUAUUCUAUUGCAAAUGUAUGUAUGUAGAGUUAAGUAAGCUAAUGUAGUGAAGCAGUAGCUGCUAAAUUGGUGGUAAACUUAUGUCAAUAGGAAGUAGCGAAUAUGGCAAAAUAGAAAAAAAAAUAUAUAAAUGUAACUUUUUAAAGUAAAUGUUUUAGUCAUAUAAGAGACUAAAAGUAAUGAAAACUUGGUGAAAGACGCUGUAAUAAGCCUUUAUAUGAACAACGCCACUUUGCGAUUGGCAUCUUAGAUUUUUAACUGUCAUAAUACAUAAUUCAUAUGGUUAAUGAACGAAUCUUUAAUGUACUUACUCUAUGUGACUCUCAGACAGGGGGUAUAUGGUGUUGCAGCCUAGUAGAUCUUCUGUACGUAGCUUCUUAUAUUAAUGUUCCUCGUGGAAUAUAAUUGUAUUAUUACUUAUACUGGAAUAU